GGAAGACAUCGUACCUUUUUGCACAUUCUUGGCACAUCGUCCUCGUACCUUUGCUAUGUCCUGAUCUCGGUGGUCCGGAUCAGAAGCCAACCGAACGCUAAUAAUCGGCCCACGAUUCUGUUCAUCUGCGGAGCUGGAGUGGCCACCGUAGCCCCCCUUUAAAACGGGGAUUGAUGCCUGUGAUUCGUCAGCCAUCACCUUUCGCAACGCUAAGCAGCUUUUGUCAGGAACGUCGAUCAACAAAUUUCGCCAGUGUCUGAGCAAGAGGCAAUUCAAAUACCCAACGUCCGCCCAGCUUCACUUCUUGACUCUCCUUCAACGACCUUGGACCCUCGGAUUGAACCCAUUGAUUUGGAGUUUGUGUCUGCGAAUCCCUUCGACUUCCGACGAUCGGAUCAUCUCGAAUACACCCACCGACUGAUACACCACUCGCCACCAUGGACAUCCUCCUCGAGCUCUGCGAUACCUUCUUCUUCGACUACCUCUACUCCGCCGUUCUCCCCGCCCAACCCGCUCCCUACCUCCUGCAGAACGGCUUCGGAAAUUCCACUAUCGAGGCCCUGAAAGUCGCUUCAUCAUGGCAGCACACGCCCUCCAGCAAAUACCUCUCCUGGACGCCGCGAGACGCAGCCUGGAUGAGCCAGCUGCCACGAGAUAACGCCUACCGCCAAUUCUUCUCCCUCUUUCUCAUCAUGUGGCUCCUCGGCGCGCUCCUCUACUUCAUCGUCGCAACCCUCUCCUACAUCUUCAUCUUCGACAAAACCACCUUCAAACACCCUAAGUUCCUACAAAACCAAGUGCGCAUGGAGAUCUCGCAAGCCGUGAACAGCAUGCCCUACAUGUCCGCCUUAACCGCGCCCUUCUUUCUCGCCGAAGUCCGCGGCUACUCCAAACUCUACGACGCACCGUCCGAAGCACCAUUCCCAUGGUACAACUUGUUGCAGUUCCCGCUCUUCUUGCUAUUUACGGACUGCUUCGUCUACUUCAUCCACCGCAGCCUGCACCACCCAUCCGUCUACAAAACGCUCCACAAGCCACACCACAAAUGGAUCAUGCCCACACCUUACGCCGCCAUCGCCUUCCACCCCGUCGACGGCUGGGCGCAGUCGAUUCCCUACCACGUCUUCCCCUUCAUCUUCCCGCUCCAAAAAUUCGCUUACCUAGCCCUCUUCCUCUUCAUCCAGGUCUGGACCGUCUUCAUCCAUGACGGCGAGUAUGUCGCCAAUUCUCCCAUAAUCAAUGGUGCGGCGUGCCACACGAUGCAUCAUUUGUAUUUUAAUUAUAAUUAUGGGCAAUACACGACUCUGUGGGAUCGACUUGGAGGAAGUUAUAGGAAGCCGAAUGAGGAGUUGUUUAGUCGGGAGAGUAAGAUGGGAAAGAAGGAGUGGGAGAGGCAAGUCAAGGAGAUGGAGGAGAAGGUUUUGGAGGUUGAAGGCGAGGAUGAUAGGAGUUAUGCGCCGGUUAGGGAGGAGAGGAAGACGAAGUGAGGCGAGUUUACGAGCAUGUGAACAUGUGGGGGAGUUUAUGAGUGGAGAAGAGGUCACGAGAAGUUGACGAGGAAUGCGAGGAGCUUGCAUAAUGUCGUUGGAAGCCGUUGCAAAGCGGCGAGAGGCAAGCAUGGGGGAGAGAGAUUGUAAAUACGUGGCAGUCGAACAUAGGUGUGCAUAUUGGCGUUUGGGCAGGGUUGGGCACAUAUAGUCCUUUUAAUUCACCGCUCGUUUUGCCUUCAAGUCCAGUUCAAGUCUGACUGUGCGUGGCGUCUUUCCUCGGGUAGAUGAGGAGAGCCUCGAGACCUCAGAAGCUCUGCAGUGGACAGUUGCUUCUCCACCCACUUCCAUGGUGGGUCGGUGUCUGGGGCACCGCUUAACCUGCUGUGCUCCAUGGUCCCCAUCGCAAAUUCAACGGUUCUU